AUGACAAAACUCAUUGAGGCCAUCGAAUGCAUCAUUGGGAUUUUCCAUAAAUACUCUAAGAAAGACUGCAGCCAUGAUAAGCUGAACAUGGGGGAGCUGAACCAGAUGAUUGAAAAUGAGUUUGCAGAAGUCAUCAAGAACCCCAAAGAUCCAAAGACAAUCUCAACCUUAAUUCAGAUUCUUGAUGAGAACAAAGAUGGAGAGGUGGACUUCAAUGAAUUCUCUGACCUGUGCUGUAAGGUGCUGAAAGCAUACUACAAGGUUGUGUAUGAAUCGGAAGACUCAUGUCAACAGCCAGGCCAGCCACAGAAAGAUGCAGCUACAGCUACACAAAGUACACCACAAGCACCAGAUGCCCCUCCCAAAUAUUACCAGAAGCCACUGUACCCUAAAUAUGAGGGAACCCUGGUUCCGCCUCCCAGUCAGGAUCAGGCUGGCAGCAGUGCAGUGCAAAGCGAAGUGGACAAGACACAAGAUAAGAAAUGCGACAAUGUGGAAACUGUGCAAAGUUCAACACAAACUGAUCCUCGCAGGUUAGGAGUAGAUGUUAGCCAGCCAAGCACAACAACUUUACAACCCACACAAACUGACCCCCGCAGAGUAGGAGCAGUUGAACCAAACACCGAUCAGACAAAUUCACCACCCCCAAAUUAUCAGCAAAGUAAUGAUCAAACCUCAGGACCAGGCACCACCACCUUACAAACCCCACGGUACCAACAGGGUAAGGACCAAACAUCACAACCACUAACUCCCACCUCACCAUCUCCACGAUACCAACAGGGUAAAGAUCAAACAUCACAACCACUAUCUCCCACCUCAUUAGCUCCACGAUACCAACAGGGUAAAGAUCAAACAUCACAACCACUAACUCCCACCUCACCAUCUCCACGAUACCAACAGGGUAAAGAUCAAACAUCACAACCACUAUCUCCCACCUCAUUAGCUCCACGGUACCAACAGGGUAAGGACCAAACAUCACAACCACUACCUCCCGCCCCACUAUCUCCACGGUACCAACAGGGUAAGGACCAAACAUCACAACCACUAUCUCCCACCUCACUAGCUCCACGGUACCAACAGGGUAAGGACCAACCAUCACAACCACUAUCUCCCGCCCCACUAUCUCCACGGUACCAACAGGGUAAGGACAAACCAUCACAACCACUAUCUCCCGCCCCACUAUCUCCACGGUACCAACAGGGUAAGGACCAAACAUCACAACCACUAUCUCCCGCCCCACCAUCUCCACGGUACCAACAGGGUAAGGAUCAAACCUUACAACCAGAAACCACCACCACACAAUCCCCAGGGUACCAACAGGGUAAGGACCAAACCUCACAGCCAGAAAUCACCACCACACAAUCCCCAGGGUACCAACAGAGUAAGGACCAAACCUCACAGCCAGAGACCACCACCACACCAUCCUCACGGUACCAACAGGGUAAGGACCAAACAUCAACAUUAGUAACUCUCACCUCGCCAUCUCCAUGGUACCAACAGGGUAAGAACCAAACCUCACAGCCAGAAACCACCACCUUACAAUCCUCACAGAACCAACAAGGUAAAGACCAAACAUCACAACCACUAACUCCCACCUCUCAAUCCAUACGGUACCAACAGGGUACAGGCCAAACGUCCCAACCAGACAUCACCACCUCACAAUCCUCACAGUACCAACAGGGUAAAGACCAAACAUCCCAACCAGACAUCACCACCUCACAAUCCCCACAGUACCAACAGGGUAAAGGCCAAACAUCCCAACUAGACACCACUACCAUACAAUCCCCACAGUACCAACAGGGUAAAGACCAAACAUCCCAACCAGACAUCACCACCUCACAAUCCUCACAGUACCAACAGGGUAAAGAUCAAACAUCCCAACCAGACACCACUACCAUACAAACCCCACAGUACCAACAGGGUAAAGAUCAAACAUCCCAACCAGACACCACUACCAUACAAACCCCAGGUUACCAAAAGGGUAAAGACCAAACGUCCCAACCAGACAUCACCACCUCACAAUCCUCACAGUGCCAACAGGGUAAAGACCAAACGUCCCAACUAGACACCACCACUACACAAUCUUCACAGUACCAACAGGGAAGAGGACAACCGUCACAACCAAAAGUCACCAUUUCACAAAUCGGAGAGGAUAAGGACCAAUCACCCCUAUUAGAAAAGGCAGCAUCACAAAAUGCACCAGUUCCUUCUGACCAACCGCCUCAAGAACCACAAAGAUUCUACCAGCAGGCAGUAUACAUUCCUCCACCAACCCUAGGUCAGGGAGCUCAAGCCACAUCACAGCCACCUUCAUAUUCUCAAACCCAGCAGGACAAUAAACCGACUGAAACCCAACAGGUCCCCCAGCAGUACCAACAAAACACAUUCUAUCAAUAUCAUUCUCACUUUUCCUCCCAGAAGAAGAAUCCGUAAGCGGAAGUAUCAUCUCAGCUAUCUAUUUUCUCAGAUAGAUUAUGUGAUAGAUUGCACUAUUUUGUAAGAAUAUGGUUUUGCUGCAGUGUAUUAAAAUAAAUGAUUCAGCUAUUAUUAUUAUUAUUAUUAUUGCUACUGCAUUUUCUGUCCCUAGUAUCACUAUUUGUCAUGUUUGCCAUGUUCUGCAUAACAGGGAAGCCAUGGUUGUAUGUAUGUAUAGCGUUUCUGUUCAUCGAAAACAAAUUACCUUAUAGAGUAUAUUAUUUGGAAAUGAAUAAAGAAC